AUGGCUGAAAUGCACACUCCAUAUUCUUCCUUGAAGAAACUGUUACAUGUAUUCAAUGGCUUCGUGGCUGUGUCUGGCACGAUCCUCAUUUCCCUGGGCAUUGGUGUCAGGUGUAGAGGGGCUGCCCUGAUGAGGGUCCUUGGAGUGCCCUCCACGUACCUCUAUCACAUUGGCUACCUGUUCCUGGUAAUUGGGUGCAUCACAAUACUGCUUGGUAUUGCUGGCUGGUAUGGAGCUACUAAAGAAAGCAGAGGCACUCUCUUGUUUUAUUUCCUGUUCAUGGUUGUCAUUCUCAUCGUGGAAAUCAUGGUUGCCGCGGUGGUCCUCCUCUUCUUCCCAAAUGUUCAAGAGGUGGCCUUGGAACACAACCUCGUGAUCCUGAGGAAGAAUUACAGAGGUUACAAUGAACCAGAUGACUAUUCUACACAAUGGAACGUGGUCAUGGAGAACCUCAAGUGCUGUGGGGUGAAUAACUACACAGAUUUUUCUGGCUCUUCCUUUGAAAUGACAACCGGCCACUCCUACCCCAGGAGCUGCUGUAAAUCCAUUGGAACCGCAGCCUGUGAUGGGCGCAACGUGUCCGCCCACGUCAUCUACCAAGAGGGCUGUUUCCCCAAGCUCCUGAAAAUAACCAAGACUCAGAGCUUCACCCUGAUUGGGGGCUCGCUGGGGGCAGCAAUAAUGCAGUGGGGAGGCUUUUGUGACAUGACUGGGGAGGCCUUUGUGACAUCAGUUUACAUGAAGGAGCUGGAGACCUUCCCCAACUCCUCCUCUCUGCACGCACCUCAGAGCCUGUACCUAGAUCUGGCAAUAGCCCGAGACUCCAGCUACAUAGAAAACAAACAUCGAAGGAACAUGAUCCAGGAAUUGAUAAAAGAGCUGCAGCGGAGUCUGACCGACUUCUCUGCAUGGCAGAAGGAGGCCAAGAGGUCCUACCGUGACUUGAAGAGAGAGCGAGAUGCUCUCCACCUGCACUUGGAGAACAAGAACAACUAUGGGGAUCUCAAUUGUCACCAGUCCCAACUGAAAGGGAAGCUUCAGGUCCUGGUGAUGGAGAAGGCAGCCUUGCAACUCCAGAUGAAAAAGCUUGAGGGCUGA